GAAAAGCAAUCUUACAACAUGGAGCAGUCUGAAUUACUGCGACGCUUUGUUUAAGUCAUGUAAAGCGUUCAAGGACAGAGAGGACCUACUGCCAAAUUAUCACAUUUUAUAACAGAUUUCUUUAAAUAUGAACAACAAAUUCGAAGCUUUGAAGGCAGAGGACAGCAGUGGUUCUGGUGAAGAGGAAAAUGAGAACAAACAAGAACCAGAAUCUCCACCCAGGCCGCCUCCGAAGCCGGGUCCAGGAGAACACCCUCUGCAAUAUAACUAUGGGUUCUGGUACUCUAGGAAAUCUCAGGGACACAAAACAGCAAGCUAUGACCAGAAUUUAAAGCUGAUAGGAACAUUUGCAUCAGUGGAGCAGUUCUGGCGACAUUACUGCCACAUUGCAAGACCCAGUGAUCUCACAGGACAUACUGAUUAUCAUCUAUUUAAAGAAGGCAUCAGGCCAAUGUGGGAGGACAGUGCAAAUAAAAAUGGUGGCAAAUGGAUCAUUCGUUUAAAGAAAGGUCUUGCAUCAAGAUGUUGGGAAAAUUUGAUCUUAGCAAUGCUUGGAGAACAGUUUAUGGUAGGGGAGGAGAUAUGCGGAGCUGUGAUAUCAAUCAGAUAUGCUGAGGACAUUUUGUCACUGUGGAACAGGACAGCCAAUGACCAUACCACCACAUCAAGAAUACGAGACACAUUAAAGAGAGUCCUAAACUUGCCACCUAACACAAUAAUGGAAUACAAGACACAUAAUGACAGCAUGAAGGACAAUUCUAGUUUCAGAAAUACAGACGUCUUUAUGAGAUAGCAGCAACAGAUUUCUCGUUUUAGAAACAAAAUACAAACAUUUACAGUCAUCUGGACAAUAGUCAUCAUUUGUGGCAUUUUUAUGGAGACAGACUGUUUAUAGUCAGAGAGACAGAAACAGACAGAAAAUGGCAAUAUAUAUAAUUUUAACAUUCAGUUUUAAUUCUAUAAGCAAAAGGUGUGUUUAGAGGGGUAACAGUGACUUCCAAGAAAUAGGAAGAAAAUGUUAACAGCAGAUUAUGUUAUGUUAACUGUACUUGAAAAUUUUAUUAAUAAAUGCUUUUUUUUCAUGGCAUAAAUUAUCUCCCCAUGUUCUUAAUCAUAACUUUAAAAUACUUAUUUCUCAAGUCGGAGAAAAGUUUGCAUUAAAAUGUCUUAACUGCGCAUCCACGCAGUCUGGUCAGGAUCCAUACUGUUUGCUUUCAAAGCCUAUUACAAUUAGAGAAACUGUUAGCGAACAGCAUGGAUCCUGACCAGACUGCGCCGAUGCAAAGGCUGGUCUGGAUCCGUGCUGGUCGCAAAUGCACUAUGUUGGUUUUCUCAUGAUGCAGCUCAUUUGUCCAUUUUUCUAAAAUUGUUUUAUGUAUGUACAGCAGCAAAAUUUCUGAAGCAAAUUUUAAUCAAACUUGGACAUAUUGUAUAUGGCAAUAAGAUAUUGGUUAAAAUCUUUUUUGGGCCAAAUUAGACCUGAAGCUGAAUAGUUGCUCUUGAUAUGUAUUACACUCAGAUCUAUGUCAAAUUUGGUUAUGGGCUAGGUGGCUGUUAUUUGCUACUGACGUAUCGAAAAGAGCAAUAUUUUACUACAUGUAUGUUGGCACUCUAUAACCUUCUUUCCUUUACAAAUCAGUUGAAUUUACACAAAAUGUAUAAACCUGUAAGAUAUUGGUCGAGUUUGAUUAAUAGGAGGUCUAGAGUUAUAUGCCCUUGCUUUUUCAAAAAUGCCAUGUUUUGUUACUUCAGCACUCUAGAACCUUCAAUUUGAUUGAUUGUUUAUACCACUAAAGUCUCAGUCAAGUUACAUUGCGGACCAAAAUAAAUUGGGUGUGCUAUUGA